AUGAAAACAUAUGUUGUUGUGCUGCUGUGCUCAGCAGUUUUCUGUAGUGUCCGUGCCUCUAACCCGAGAUACAUUGCAACAGGGUUGAAUCCCACCAGAUUUCGAAUAGGUGACCAAGAGUUUGAUUCUUUGCCAUCUUUACUGGAAUUCUACAAAAUACACUAUUUGGACACUACGACCUUGAUAGAACCGGUUUCCCGAUCCAGGCAGAAUAGUGGUGUUAUCCUCAGGCAGGAGGAAGCUGAAUAUGUGCGAGCUCUCUUUGACUUUAAUGGAAACGAUGAAGAAGAUCUUCCAUUUAAGAAAGGAGACAUACUGAGAAUCCGGGAUAAACCUGAAGAGCAAUGGUGGAAUGCAGAAGACAGCGAAGGAAAGAGGGGAAUGAUACCUGUUCCUUACGUCGAGAAGUAUAGACCUUCCUCUGCUUCAGUAUCUACUCUGAUUGGAGGUAACCAGGAUAGUUCCCACCCACAACCACUGGGUGGGCCGGAGCCAGGGCCCUAUGCCCAGCCCAGCAUCAACACUCCGCUCCCUAACCUUCAGAAUGGCCCUAUUUAUGCCCGGGUUAUCCAGAAGCGAGUCCCUAAUGCCUACGACAAGACAGCCUUGGCUUUGGAGGUCGGUGAGCUGGUAAAGGUCACAAAGAUAAACGUGAGCGGUCAGUGGGAAGGAGAAUGUAACGGCAGACGCGGGCACUUUCCAUUCACGCACGUCCGCCUGCUGGAUCAACAGAAUCCUGACGAGGACUUCAGCUGAGUGUGGCUCAACAGUUGCGCUUACAGAUGGGAACAAUCUCAACUUGUUUUUAUUGCAGAUGCCAUCAAGACUAUGUUCCGACAGAUGUUGAAAGCAGUAUUGCUUGUUCAAGCAUUCUGAUAACCUGCAAACCCCUGGGACUGAACACCACCAUUCCUUAAUCAAGGGUCAAGUAAUUCAGGGUACGACAGUAGAUAACUCGUGUGUCAAGUGGCAGAACUAGUGCGUGAUUAUAGGUUGUAAUGCCUGCUUAUGUCCACGUGCACAGCAGACUGGACCUUGCCAGCAGCAGCAGUUGGAGAAAGCAGUAACGUAGGUGUUACGAUAACGUCUAUAGCUCUCUCUGGUCCUAUUGCUUAUGUUGCUUCUUCCUCAGGCGAUGAACGUCAACCUUAGACAAUUCAAUGUAUAGAUAGGAAUUUCACAAAUUUAUCCUGGAGCUUUCUCCGUGGUUUGUUUUUUUUUUUUGUUUUUUUUUUUUCCAUCCUGAAUUCUCUGUCCUAGAAAGGCUGUGUCGUACUUGUAUGGUAGUUAACUCUGCACAGUACGGAUUUACGUAGAGCCCGUUGGGGACAGCCUUAUGAUUUACAGAUGCUUACCAUUUUAAUGGUAAAUGACAGAUCAAAUCAGCCUCGGAAUUCUAGAAUUUUGUGGACACUAGAUUGAUUUCUUCAGUACUGUUGAUGCUUCAAACAUAGCAGCUGAUUUUAAAUUCAGAUUUCUAUUAACACACCGAUAUCUCUUUUUAUCCACAAAUAUAAGGCUUAUGGAAGUGUAAACAUCCAUAUCAGUGCUGAAAAAUAUGUGCAUAGCACUUUAAUGCAUAGCUUUAAAGCAGUGUUUGAUUCACUAAAUAUACUAAAAUACUGACACUGCUUUCCAAUAAAAUUAAAUUAUAUAGGGCCAGUUUAACUUUUCUAGAAUUCUUCAAUACUCCUGUUGUACAAUACUCUUACAGUACAAAUCAGUGUCAAACAUGGUGAACUGACAAACCAAAUACUACUUUUAUUUUCAAGUUACUCUGGGGACUCUUCUGGUCUAAUUCCCAUCUGUAAAAUAUUUGAUAGUGAAUUCAUGAGGAUUUUAUUUUUAAUAAACUAAUGGAAAAUA